AUGUUUCUUCGUUUCAUAUUUUCUUGUUCUCUUUUUCGAUUUUAUUUUUCCUCAUUUGUUAAAUGUCUUUUCGGCAUUCUCAUCCUUGUACACUUUCUUUAUUUCUAUUUUCUUGUCAUGUUUUUUCUUGUUUCUGUUUAUUUUUAUGCAUUUAUUUCUGUAUUCUCAUUUUCCUUCACUUCAUUUUUUUUUAUAUUUCCUUCUACAUUAAAACUUUUCGCGUUCAUCUUUUUCUCAAUUUCUCUCUUCUCCCUUCCUCCUUUUCUGUCUCUCUUUUUCUCUCACUCAUUCUCUCUUUUUCUCUCACUCUUUCUCUUUUUCUCUCACUCUCUCUCUCUUUCUCUCUCUCUCUCUUUUUCUCUUAAUCUUUCUCUUUCUCUCCUGUUCUUUCUCUUUUUCUCUUUAUUUUUCUCUAUUUCUUUCUCUUUCUUUUUCUUUCUUUCUUUCUUUCUUUCUUUCUUUCUAUUUCUUUCUCUUUCUACUUCUUUCUCUUUUUCUUUCUUUUCUCUUUCUUUCUUUCAUUUUAUCUCUCUUUCUUUGUCUUUCUCUCUAUUUCUUUCUCUCUUUCUUUCUUUCUUUCUUUCUUUCUUUCUUUCUUAUUAUCUCUCUUUCUUUCUCUUUCCCUUUUACUUUCUCUCUUUUUCUUUCUCUUUCUCUCUAUUUCUUUCUCUUUCUCUCUCUUUCUUUCUCUUUUUUUCUUUCUCUUUCUCUCUCUUUCUUUCUCUUUCGUUUUCUUUCUCUUUCUUUCUCUUUCUCUCCGCCAUCGGAACGCACCAGCGGGUCGACACCAACAAACCAACUCAGUGCGAUCUGUCAACUAGGGCCAGUCGUAGAAAAAGCGUGGGCCGCUGGCGAGGCUUGCGGAAAAUGACAGGCGUUAAGGAGAUUCAGUCAAGUCUUCUUUCAUGUCGUAUAGAUUUUUUUAUCGCAUUUUCCUUGCCAGAUUCACUAAAUAGUAUGCCUUUUUCUGUAAGACCUCGGUCAUCACAGAGACAUUUUUUCAUCCUACUCUCUUAUUUUCUCUUUCCUCUCGUUUCCCUUCUUUCAUUAUUUCUUCGUUCUUUUCCACAUCAUUUUGUUCAUAUUUUUAAACAGCAUAUAUUUUUAUUCACUUUAUUCAUUUUUAUUUGCUUCUGUUCUUUCUACACAUUUUUCGUCCUACCUAUCGUUAUUAUGAUUAACCUCAAAUUUACUUUUGAUCUUUUUUUUUACUUACAAUUUCCCUCUACUUUUCGUUUCUUUUCACCCUUCUCUUUAACCUCUCUUCUUACCCACUAUUUUACCUCCAUUUUGCCCUCUUUUUCCUCCCCUUUUACUCUCUUUUUACCUCCCUUCUUACACUCUUCAAUGCUCUCUUUCUUACCUUCCUUUUACCUUCCUUGUUACACUCUUUAUUGCUCUCUUUCUUACCCUCCUCCUUACCCUCUUUUUACCUCCCUUCUUACACUCUUCAAUGCAGUCUUUCUUACCUUCCUUUUCCCUCCCUUGUUACACUCUUUAAUGCUCUCUUUCUUACCCUCCUUCUUACCCUCUUUUUACCUCCCUUCUUACACUCUUCAUUGCUCUCUUUCUUACCUUCCUUUUCCCUCCCUUCUUACACUCUUUAUUGCUCUCUUUCUUACCCUCCUCCUUACCCUCUUUUUACCUCCCUUCUUACACUCAUCAAUGCUCUCUUUCUUACCUUCCUUUUACCUCCCUUCCUCUUUUUACCUCCCUUGUUACACUCAUCAAUGCUCUCUUUCUUACCUUCCUUUUACCUCCCUUCCUCUUUUUACCUCCCUUCUUACACUCUUCAUUGCUCUCUUUCUUACCUUCCUUUUCCCUCCCUUCUUACACUCUUUAUUGCUCUCUUUCUUACCCUCUUCCUUACCCUCUUUUUACCUCCCUUCUUACACUCUUCAAUGCUCUCUUUCUUACCUUCCUUUUACCUCCCUUGUUACACUCUUUAAUGCUCUCUUUCUUACCCUCCUUCUUACCCUCUUUUUUACCACCCUUCUUACACUCUUCAAUGCUCUCUUUCUUACCUUCCUUUUACCUCCUUGUUACACUCUUUAA